AUGCUGCUCAGAGCCGCACGAGCGCCUUGCUGGCGCACGGCGCAUGCAUUCGCAUACCACCCGAGCUUCGCCGGCCAGCUUCGAAGCACGCGAGUCGGAACUCACAUGCGAGUAUUCACAUCGGACCAAGGUCCUUUACGCAACAAAUCCGAAAAGAAAGACCCGUCUAUUGCAGCCAACCCUGUCCAAACCCCCACCCCAUCACAGCUCGAAAAUGCCAAUAUUGUCCAGAAGCCGAAGGAAAGCGGGGAGACGAAGGCACAACCCAAGAAGGACUUGCUGAGCGAGCCUAUGGCCGCCAACAAGGAACAGCGAAAGGCAGACUGGGCUAUCAUGAAGGAGAUGGCCAAGUACCUAUGGCCGAAGAACGAUUGGGGUACGAAACUCCGUGUUGGAUCGGCACUGUCACUCCUGAUUGGAGCAAAGAUUCUCAACGUGGAGAUUCCCUUCUACUUUAAGAACAUCGUCGACUCAAUGAAUGUGGACUUUGCAACUCUAGGUGGAACGGCAUACACCGUGGCCGGCUCAAUGAUCAUCGCUUACGGUGUGACCCGCAUUGGAGCUACAGUGUUCCAAGAGCUCCGCAACGCAGUCUUUGCUAGCGUUGCGCAGAAAGCUAUUCGGAAAGUGGCAUCAAAUGUGUUUGAACAUUUGUUGCGGUUGGAUCUCAACUUCCAUCUUUCCCGCCAGACCGGAGGUCUAACCCGUGCCAUUGACCGUGGUACCAAAGGCAUCAGCUUCCUGUUGACUUCUAUGGUCUUCCAUGUGGUGCCAACCGCACUUGAGAUAUCUCUUGUUUGUGGUAUUCUCACCUACCAAUAUGGCCUCCAAUUCGCUGCAAUCACUACAGCAACAAUGGUUGCCUACACGGCCUUCACUAUCACCACAACUGCGUGGCGAACCAAGUUCCGCCGGCAGGCUAAUGCCGCUGAUAACCGUGGCGCAACUGUGGCCGUGGACUCGCUCAUCAACUACGAGGCCGUCAAGUACUUUAACAACGAAAGAUUCGAGGUUGCACGGUACGACAAAGCUCUGAAGAACUACGAGGACGCAUCAAUCAAGGUGACUACCUCUUUGGCAUUCCUGAACUCCGGUCAAAACAUGAUCUUCUCCUCUGCGCUGGCCGCAAUGAUGUACCUGGCUUGCAACGGAGUGGCCACUGGAUCUAUGACCGUGGGUGACCUUGUCAUGGUCAAUCAGCUUGUCUUCCAGCUUUCGGUCCCCCUUAACUUCCUGGGCUCUGUCUACCGCGAGCUGCGCCAGUCUCUUCUGGACAUGGAGACUCUCUUCAACCUGCAGAAGGUGAACGUCACCAUCCAGGAGCGACCCAACGCCAAGCCAUUGCAGCUCACCAAUGGCGGCGAGAUCCGCUUCGAGAACGUCACUUUCGGUUACCACCCGGAGCGUCCCAUCUUGAAGGAUGCCACGUUCACUAUCCCUGCAGGACAGAAGUUUGCUAUUGUCGGUCCUAGCGGCUGCGGUAAAUCUACUAUCCUCCGUCUUCUGUUCCGCUUCUACGACGUCCAAUCUGGUCGUAUCUUGAUCGAUGGCCAGGAUGUUCGUGAUGUGAGCCUCGAGAGUCUUCGAAAAGCCAUUGGAGUGGUGCCCCAAGAUACCCCUCUUUUCAACGACACUAUCAUUCAUAACAUUCGUUACGGUCGGAUCGAUGCCACAGACGAAGAAGUACGCCGGGCUGCUGAGCGGGCACACAUCCACAAACUAAUCCAAAACUUGCCUGACGGCUACCAGACCGCCGUGGGCGAGCGUGGAAUGAUGAUUUCCGGUGGAGAAAAACAGCGACUGGCAAUCUCCCGGUUGAUUUUGAAGGAUCCGCAACUUUUGUUCUUUGACGAGGCAACUUCCGCUCUCGACACUUAUACGGAGCAGGCCCUCCUCCAGAACAUCAACAGCAUCCUCAAAGAUAAAAGCCGCACCAGUGUGUUCGUGGCUCACCGUCUACGCACAAUCUGCGAUAGUGACCAGAUCUUGGUGCUGAAGGAUGGUGUUGUUGCUGAGAUGGGCUCGCAUCAUGAUCUCCUUAGCCUGGAUGGUAUCUAUGCUGAGCUUUGGAACACCCAGGAAUUGUCGUUGGCGCAGGAUGUCGACUUGGAACGGAGUCAGGGUGAGGAUGAUCCUAAGCCCUGA